AUGUACGAGGGAUAUCUCUCACAACUAGGCCUUCACGAUGACUUCAUAUAUAGAAUCAUCAUCGACGACUUCAACGAUCAACAGCUGCGGCGGUCAGCUGUUAUCAUGACCUUCCUGGAUUGCCUCGGCCGUCAGUAUCACCGUCAGCCUCGCCGUAGGGACGAUCCACUCACCCGGCGGCCCUACGCUGAUAUCCUCGCUGACUCUCGGGCUCACACCUCGUGGCUAUUGGCUGCCCCGGAUAACAACACUCAGGCGGGUGAUAGCCGGCAUCAGUCACUUGAGCUGAAGCUGAUGAUCUUCUUGUGGAUAAUGGCCUACGGCGAGCCUCAAAGGAAUACAGCCUAUCGGUUUAAAGUCAGUCAGAGUACCGUGUCAGACAUAUUCUCUUACCUGAUCGACUUUAUGCGUUAUUUACACACAAAAUUCGUUCGCAUGCCGGAUCACAGAUACGUCAGUCCACGGAUCGAGCUAAACACCAAAUUUUGUCAGUUUAACGGCGCGAUCGGGGCGGUAGAUGGCACACACAUACCUGCGUUUAUCCCUCUUGCUCAUCAGCAGAGAUUCUGGUCAAGAAAGUCGACAAUUUCCCAGAAUAUCUUUGCUGCAGUCGACUUCGAGGGACGAUUUCUAUACGUGCUUGCAGGCGCCAAGGGAUCUAUUAAUGAUGCAACACUAAUAGGAUAUGCUCAUAACGGCAGCUUCAAAGUCCCGCCGGGGAGAUUCUUCCUCGCUAAUGCCGGCUUUGGGUCAAGAAGAGGAAUCCUGAUUCCCUUCACACGAGUCCGAUAUCAUCUCCAAGAUUGGGGCGAUGCCGCGAAAAGGCCUGUGAACGAGAUAGAAUUGUAUAACCUCCGCCAUGCCCAGCUUCGAACGAUCGUAGAGCAGGCUUUCGGUCGGUGCAAGAGGAAGUGGAAGAUAAUAAGAAACAGCGCACCUGAAUAUUCCUUCAGCAAUCAGAUCAAGAUAAUAUAUGCUGUGACCGGUCUGUAUAACUUCCUCGCUUUCGAAGGGAAGGAGCCGGAGCUUGGGCACGAGGAAGAAGGUCUUCCUUCGUGGGAAAUCCGUGCUCUCCGGAGAGCUCGCCGCCGUGCAGAUAUGGUUGUAACGGGAAGAUCUGGAAUAGAUAUGAGAAGUCUGAUUGCAAAUUGGCUUUGGUCUACUUAUCAGGCGUAUUUAGAGCUUCAAAAUGACUCCGAAAGUGAGGAAAUCGAUGAAGAAGGGAGCGUUGUGGAGGAGGUUGAAGAUGGUGAUGAGAUUGAGGUUAUCGCUGAAGAGGCUGAUCAGAGAGAAGCUAUUUCGAGCUCGCAAGAGCUAGAUUGA